AUUAACCAAACCAAAUUUAUCUUGAUAUGCACAACAAUAAAUUUCGAAUGGAAACGAAAAUAAUUAGAAGAAAGAUAUUUAAAUCAUCACAAACACAAACUCGACGUUAUUUCUAUCACAAUAAUAUGGCAUCACGAUCAUUUUAUGACAGCUGAAUGAAAGAUUUUUGCUUUGUGGUGUUUUUAAUCAUUUCGAGUGUGUGUACGCUGGUGCAAUUUUUUUAGAUUUCUGCAAUAAUUUAUUAUAUAUUCUAAUGCUGUACAUUAUGUGAGAAACGCCAAAAACUUUUCCAAUGGUUGCACACAAGGUCUGAUGAUAAUAAUAUGAAUAAAGCUACGCAACAUUUAUAAAGGAAAACCAAAUUGCAACACUCCACCCAGUACGAAAUUCGCAACAACAGUUUGAGUGGAAGUGAAUAUUUGCAGUUGAAAACGUAUAGAGGAACAGACAACUUAAAUAGCGCCAAUACAACAUUAAAAUUACGUGGAGAUACACAUACACAAACAUAAUAAACAAAAGCAAAAUUCAAGUGGCAAUAUGAAGCGGCAGCGGCCGCCGUCAUGGCUGCGUCUGUUAUUUCGACCCCUUCUCUGGUUGUAUGCAUUUCAAGCACUAUGGCAUUUUAGUGAUGCCAUACACCUCUCAGGCACUUUUCACACUGACGACUUUUUCAAAGUGAUCACCAAAUUUGGUUUCCAAAAGGCCGAAGUCAGAGUACCGCAUGGUGGUUCAUUUGGCUACAUAUAUGGCAAUAUAACAACAACAGCAGAUACAUUUGUGCAGCCUAUUUCAUUAGUGGUGCUAGACAAGGUGGCAUUUGUUGAUUUUUAUAGCAAUCGUAGUCAUGUGGAUCAUCAGUUGGCGUGCCAACGCAUGUUUGCGCAUUUGCAACCGCUAAUCUAUGAUGAGGCAUGCAACAAGCAGGGUAAACGUGAUUAUAUACGUCGUGUACCAUGCAAAGUUGGUCAACUAUGCGUUGAUGAAGAUACGCCCAGCAAUGUAAUUUCACAGCGACAAUUUACAUACACUAUAAGUGAAGUGACUGAGCCGAGAUUCUGGUAUGUGGCACUCACUGCCUGUUAUCGGAACCGUACCACAUGUAAAUGGCAAGCAUACGAUCAUCUCAAAAGUCAUAAUGAACUUACCUAUGAUAUAUACGUUGUCAACACGCAUCCCAACAACUCCGCCGCCCAUCCACUCACAUUUCAGUUUUCUUUCGAUCAACAAAACUUAUUAGAAAUGUAUAUGAUAUUUUUGCUAGUCUAUAUGGUGCUGCUACCGGUACAAAUAUACGCGGUGCGCCUACAAAAACAUCCCGUCACACGUCUAUUCACGCUCAGCUUGGCCAGCGAGUUUAUCAGUUUGGCUUUCAUCACAGCACAUCUAAUCAAGUUCGCCAUAAAUGGCGUGGGCAUGCCGAAUAUGCAGACAGCGGGCGAUAUAUUGGAUAUAUUUAGUCGAACCACAUUUAUGUUGAUACUGCUGCUGCUUGCUAAAGGCUGGGCCGUUACACGUCAGCAAAUUAAUCGCACUGGUUGGAUUAUGUUGAUGAGUAUAUGGGUGCCCUAUUGUGCAUUUCAAAUGUUCCUUUAUGUUUGGGAUAAGACGGAGGUGGAUAUUAUAUCGGACAUUGAUGAAUACCAGACAUGGCCGGGUUGGAUUGUCUUGAUAUUACGCACAUCAUUCAUGACUUGGUUCCUCUAUGAACUGCGCAACACCAUGAAAUACGAGCAUUCCACCAAAAAACUGGAUUUCCUGCUGCACCUGGGCGCUUCUAGUCUUGUGUGGUUUAUUUAUUUACCCAUUGUCGCUAUUGUAGCGCUGCAAGUGAGCCCCAUGUGGCGGUACAAGCUGCUGCUUGGCAUCACAAAUUCAGCGGACUGUCUGGCUUAUUGCGUAAUGACCGGCCUGCUGUGGCCCAAUCGUUCGGGUCAGUAUUUGCUGCUAGCCGGCAACAAGUACACGGGUAUGGACGAGCUGGACGAAUUCAACGAAGCGCCACAUAUUGUACGUGAACGUGAGCGCCGCAGAAAUUCACCCGAGGCCAUAGUGGUCGUCAAUGGCGAGAUAACGCAAGCACAUGCAAAUGGUGGCAGCGGCAUUGGGAUGUCAGUGGGCACUAACAAUUUGCUUGCAACAAAUGCUGUGAAUAGUGAAGCAUGCGUAGAGCUACUGGAUGCAGAAGAUCUGGAUGCGGUACUUUUGACCGAUUUGAAUAAGAAUAGUCAUGUUGUGGCAUAAGUGUUAACGAAAGUUGUAGUAGUAGCGCGCACAGAAAGAUAAACGAAAACAAAUACUGUACUGUAAACGCUUGUAAUUUUGUGCGUUGUUUGAGGAAAACAGUUAAAUGUGUAUGUUUUACUAGAAUCCUGCGUUGAGCGGACACGGCUAGUGGGCGUUCAUAAAAUUUCGAUGCGCGCUUUUCUGUUAAAAUGCGGUAACGAAAGUCGUUGUACAUCAUAUGUGAUGAUUUUUUUAUAGAUAUGUAUAUGUAAACGUUAUUUAAUUAUACGUUCACAAAUUUUGCUUUAGUUUUGUAUGUUAAUUUUUACUGCUUAAAAAAUACGUUUACAUUACAUUAGCUUUUAGUUGACCAUAGUUAUAAUAUUUACAAAACUAUAUAAUCGACAUAUUUCUAUUGUGUGAUGAAGUCAAGUACAUUUGAAUAUAUGUUUAGCAACAAAAGCACCAACAGACAUUACUAAUUAUAAAGUAAGACAAACUCAUUAUUAUUAUUAUGCACCUAGUUAAAGCAUAAUAUUAUACGAUUUAUGUAUAUGCAUACAUAUAUACAUAUAAGGUACACAAUUCAUAUUUUAUUCGAUUAUUACUACGAUAAUUUACAUUACUUAGCAUUGUAAGCACUGUUUGAAUGCGCAUAUUAUACAUAUUUGGGUAGUUAUAACUUUAGCGGUAAAGAAAGCAAACAAGAUUUAGAAGAGUAAUAAAAUUAAUAACAAAAGAAGAAAUAUGCUGCAAGUACACAACGAUUUUUGCAGCCUUGUGUUAUAUGGACUUUGUAAAAUGAACUUAUGAUUAUUACUGUAAAUAACAAAGUAAAUUUGAAAAAAAAAAUAAUGAUAAUAAAAGUAUAAUAAACAACAAAGAAUGCUUAACAUACAGAGAUAAACGCAUAUACCUAAACGAGUGUCAAAUUAUAUUUGUAAAUUGCACAAUUUUUUGCAUAUGUAUUAUAUAUUUAGUGCGUUAAGCACCCCUACAUACCGGCCCCCACCCAAAAAUAUUAAGAGAAAUCAAGGAAGAAGUUAAAUAUGAUAUCAAAUAUGUCAAUAAAAAUAAAUUGAGAUAAAAGAGAUUAUGGAAAAUUUCAAUAAAAAGCAAAAAACUAAAUAAAUACAAAAGGUAAAUCGAGCGUUGGAAAAAAAAUUAAAUGAAAAGCAGUAAUUAAAGAAAAAAUAAUACAAAUUACACAACAGUCAAGAAUCCUGAACUAAAACUAAGAGAAGUCAUAAAUUGUUGAAAAAUAAAUUAUUCAAUUAAAAAAUAAAACAAAAAUCUUAAUUAAUAAAACAAUGCAAAAAAUGCCACAAAAUCGAAGAUUACAAUUUUAUAAAAAUCACGCAUAAAUCCACACAAAAACCUAUAUACAAUCACGCCAUGAUUUUUCAAAAACUCACGGGUACUAAGUUUUUAAAACAUAAUGUCCUUUGAAUGCGAAAAUUCGUAUUAUUCGAGUUACAAAAACAACUAUAACAUAUUCGUUUUACAAAUUUAAUUUUAAGCUGCAACAAAAACAUACGUACAUACACAUCUACAUAUGUAAAUUUAACAGCAGUGAAUAGUAAAACGUUGAUGAGUGUGACAAAUCCAAACCCAAAUCGGUUUAAGUUUUUAAGUGAUGUUUUAAAAAGUGUUUUUAUGCAUAGCAAGUUGCAAAUUUUUAUGAAGUGAGUUGUAAUACAUGUAUAGUCUUAAAAGUCAAGUCGGAUUUAUAUUAAAAAAUGAAAAAAAUCCGAAAAUAUAGCAAGCAAUUCUCAAACAUUU